UUCUGAUCUGCGUCUUUCUCUCGGCGCUGCAGGGAGUUUCGGUGGUGGCGCUCUGCUCUCCGUCUUUGGUUCCGGGUUUGAUCCGAUCGGUUCCAGGGUUCUGAUCUGUGACCGGGAAUGUCCCGUCUUCAGAGGAGCGUCCUCGUCCUCCCGCCUGUCCUGCCUGUCUCCGCCCAACAACGGCUCUGACUCGGCGGUUGGCUGCCAUGUUUCCGUCCUCAACCGGCUGGACGCCGUCAACGUCUCUCAGGGCUUCACCUACCGGGCCGCCCUGACGCCCGUCGUCUCCCAGGUGUCUCCGCGGCGAGGAGGGACGGCCGGCGGCACGCGGCUCACCAUCAGCGGCUCGGGCUUCAGCUCCAGGUUGGACGACGUCAAUGUGACGAUCGGCGGCUCGCCGUGCGACGUUCAGUCCUCCAACAUGACUCACAUCGUCUGCGUGACGAGCGCCCAGCAGCGCUCACAGGAGACGCAGGUCAGGGUCAGCAUCGGAGACCGCGGCAUCGCCGAGACGGACGCAGCCAACUUCCUGUAUGUGGACGUUUGGUCGUCCCGGUUCACCUGGGGGGGCCUGCCCCCCCCCGAGCGCGGCUCCUUGGCGGUCAUCGCUAAAGGUCAGACGGUGCUGCUGGACGCCAGCACGCCGGUGCUGAAGAUGCUCCUCAUCCAGGGAGGAACGCUGAUGUUCGACGAGGCCGACCUGGAGCUGCAGGCGGAGAACAUCCUCAUCACAGACGGAGGGCGGCUCCAGAUCGGCCAGGAGGGGGCGCCCUUCCAGCACAAGGCCAUCAUCACACUCCAUGGUCACCUGCGCUCUCCUGAACUUCCUGUCUAUGGAUCCAAGACGCUGGCCGUCAGAGAGGGCGUCUUAGACCUCCAUGGUAUUCCUGUUCCCGUCACCUGGACACACCUGGCCCAGACCGCCGCCAACGGCUCCGCCACGCUGACGCUGAUGGAGGCCGUGACCUGGAAACCUGGAGAGGAGAUCGUCAUCGCCUCCACCGGCCACAGGCACAGCCAGAGAGAAAACGAGGUAAGAACCAUCGCUGCCGUGUCAGCCGGCGGAAAAACUCUGACCCUGACCGAGCCGCUGACCUUCUCCCACCUGGGCGUGUCCGCCACGCUGCCCGACGGCGCCGUGUUUGAGGCCCGGGCUGAGGUGGGCCUCCUCACCAGGAACGUCGUGGUGCGAGGCUCCCAGAACCUCGACUGGAGCGACGAGGUCGAAGCGUGUCCUGACGGCUUCAACACAGGUGAAUUUGCCACGCAGACGUGUUUCCAAGGCAGGUUCGGAGAGGAAAUCGGCAGCGAUCAGUUUGGUGGUUGCAUCAUGUUCCACGCUCCCAGGCCAGGAGAGAACCUCGCUCUGGGCAGACUGGAGUAUGUUGAGAUCUUCCACGCCGGUCAGGCCUUCAGGCUCGGUCGGUACCCCAUCCACUGGCAUCUGAUGGGCGACAUCAACUACAAAUCGUACGUCCGUGGCUGCGCCAUCCACCAGACCUUCAACAGGGCCGUGACCAUCCACAACACCCAUCGGCUGCUGGUGGAGCACAACGUCAUCUACGACAUAAUGGGCGGAGCCUUCUUCAUCGAGGACGGCAUCGAGACGGAGAACAUUCUGCAGUACAACCUGGCCGUGUUUGUCAAACAGAGCACCAGCCUCCUGAACGAUGACGUCACCCCUGCUGCCUACUGGGUCACCAAUCCCAACAACAUCAUCCGGCACAACGCCGCAGCAGGAGGGACCCACUUCGGUUUCUGGUACCGCAUGCACGAUAACCCCGAUGGCCCGUCGUACGACCCAAACAUCUGCCAGAAGAGGGUUCCCCUAGGCGAGUUCUCCAACAACACGGUGCACUCCCAGGGAUGGUUCGGUCUCUGGAUCUUCCAAGAAUUCUUCCCCAUGAAGGACGGACGCUGCACCUCCACAACCCCAGAACCUGCUGUCUUCCACUCCCUGACCACCUGGAACUGCGAGAAAGGCGCAGAGUGGGUCAACGUUGGCGCCGUGCAGUUCAACAACUUCAUCAUGGUCAACAACGAGAAGGCCGGCAUCGAGGCCAAGCGCAUCUUCCCGUGGGCUGUGAGUGGCUUUGGGGAGGACGGUGGCGCCACAGUCUCCAACAGCACCAUCGUGGCCCACAUGGAUGAACUCGGCCUGGGCAGCGAUUACUGCACACGCCGGGGCGUCAUCACUCCGUUUGAUGAUGGCAUGAGUGUCCUCAACACUCGGUUUGUUAACUUUAACCGGAGCAACUGCACCGCCAUCGGAGUGACCUCAAUCGAUGGGACUUGUACAGAUCGCUGCGGCGGCUGGGCCGUCAGGUUCGCCGGGAUCCAGUACAGGAACUCCCCCAACAAGGCCGGAUUCAGGUGGGAGCACGAAGUCCAGCUGGUGGACACGGACGGCUCCCUCACAGGAAAUGUGGACCAUAAGGUGGUGCCGAUGAGCAGCCUGCUGGACCCGGCCCACUGUUCCCACAGCGCCGAGUGGAGCGUGGGUUUCCCCGGAGCCGUCUGCGACCACACCGUCAACUUCCAUCGCUUGGCGUUCAACAACCCCACUCCGACCUCUCUGCAGGCCAAAGACGCCAUCCUGACCAACUCGCAUGGCAGCAGCGUGGUUCCUUACCUGAAGAAGAGGAUGACCCAUAAGUUCGGCUGGAUGGCGCUGCUGCCGUCCGGACAGACGUACAACUGGCACUUCGACAACGCCGACCACAUCACCAACAUCACCUACGACGCCAAGUUCUACGGCUUCAAGUCGGACCAGUUCGUCAUCAUCAAACACAACUUCACCCAGAGACCCGACAGCUUCCACAUCCUGGACGACAGGAACGGCUCGUCCGCGGCGCUGAGCUUCAGCGGCAACGAUAACGGAGACUGGUUCUUCAACAAGACCACCAACGACCUCUUCUACCUCAUUUCUGGGAAGACGAGCCGGCGCCGGCGCCGCAGCAGCGUGGAUCGCUCCAUGACAGACGUCGCCACUAACCUGGCCGUCCAUCGCUGCUUCUUCCAUCAGUGCGUGGCUCCGGCCCCGGCCACGCCGGCUCCCGUCCCCAGCCGCCGACCCAACGACUUCCUUCUGUGGUCUGAUGCUUCAUUCUGGAAAAGUUCUGCGGAGAACAACUUCACUGUGCCAGCAGAGGGCGCCGAUGCAGUCAUCCCUUCAGGGAAGUGGGUCGUUCUGGACCGAGACACGCCGUCCCUCAGCAGGCUCACCGUCUCCGGGGUUCUGGAGGUUCUGGACUCCCCGAACAGAACCCUGGUGAUCGACGCCGUCUACGUCUCCAUCCAGGGCGGCAGGCUGCUGGCCGGGUGGGACGGCGAGCCGUUCCAGGGCCGGCUGGAGAUCCGGCUCCGAGGGAACCACGACACGCCCGACUGGCUGCUGCCCGGCGGACCCAACCAGGGAUCCAAGGUCCUGGGUGUGUUCGGUACUUUGGACCUGUACGGUCGGCCUCCAGGCGUUUACCACACCAAGCUGGCCGCCACUGCCGCCGCCGGGUCCGACUCGCUGGUUCUGGUGCAGCCCGUCGACUGGAAGGUUGGAGACCAGGUUGCCAUCUCCACCUCCGGCUACAGAGCCUCGGAGACGGAGAAACGUCGGAUCGCGGCGGUGUCGGCCGACGGCCUCAUCCUGACCCUCAACCAGCCAUUGGACCACACUCACAUGGGUGGAACCCACUCUGUCCCCGGGUCGUCCUUCUCCUAUGCUCUGGCGGCGGAUGUCGGCCUCCUGAGCCGGAACAUCCGGAUCAUCGGCGAGGAGUAUCCAGCGAUGAAGGUGGAAUCCUUUGGCGCCCGGCUGCUGGUGGGAACUUUCUCCAGCGGCGGAGUCAGCUAUCGAGGUAAAGCCCAGAUCAGGAAUGUGGAGUUCUUCCGCUCCGGCCAGGAAGGCUGGACCGACUACUUCGACCCGCGGUACUCUGUGGCCUUCCUCAACCUGGGAGAGGUUUCAGGGAACGACUCGUACAUCCAGGGCUGUGCCUUCCAUGACGGUUUCUCUCCGGCCAUCGGAGUCUUCGGGACGGCGGGUCUGAGCAUCGACGAUAACGUUGUCCAUCACACGGUGGGCGAAGGAAUCCGCGUUUGGGGCGAUCGGAUCCUGCUGAGGAGGAACCUGGUGAUGAUGUCACUGUGGCCCGGAUCGUAUCAGGACAGAGAGGAACCCUUCAACUUCCAGUGGAACGCUGCCAUCGAGGUGAGCGAGGGCUCCGGUGUGGUGCUGCAGAACAACAUCGUGGCGGGAUAUGAGAGGGUGGCGUAUCACAUCGACGGCGAGCCGUGCCCAGGCUUCCAGAACCCGAACGAGGCCUGGGUCCAGAACGAGGCCCACGGCGGUCCGUAUGGCGUCUACCUCAACAAGGACGGCCUGGCCGGCUGCAGCUUCAUCCGAGGAUUCUUCGUCUGGAAGGCCUUUGACUUCGCCAUCUACUUCCAGGUCAUCAUGGAUGUGGUGGUUUCCAACGUGACGCUGGUGGAUAACGGGAUGGGCAUCAUGCCCCUGGUUUUCGGCCCGCCCUCUCUGUCUCAUGCCUAUGCAGAUAAGUCGGUGCGCGUUCAGAACUCCCUGAUCGUGGGCAGCAGCCCGGCCUUUAACUGCUCCGACACGUUGAGCUCCGACGACUUCAACGUCGCCACCACGUCUCUCCACCGAGCGCCCAGACCGCCGCAAGGAGGUCGAUCCGGAAUCUGCUGGCCGACCUUCCAGUCCGGACACAACACGGCUCCGGCUAAACCGCAUCACCUGAACAUGAACUACAACGCCAUCAAAGGCCGGAUGACGGUCACAGACACGACCUUCGUUGGUUUCCGGAACGUCUGCUCCGGAGAGAGGAACUACGUGUUCAUGACCAACCCUCUGAACGAGGACCUGCAGCACCCCCUGCAGGUUUCGGCCGUCAGGAUGCUGGACAGCACCGAGGACGCCCGGGUCUUCAUUCACCGACCCGAUGUGAGUAAAGCGAACCCGGCAGACUGCGUGGACAUGGACUGCGAUGCCAAGAAGAAGAGUUUGUUGAAGGACUUGGACGGCUCGUUCCUGGGCGCGGUGGGGAGCGUGGUGCCGCAGUCCGAGUUCGAGUGGGGAGGAGACCCCCGCCGGGGGCUGGGCGACUACCGCAUUCCCAAAGUCAUGCUGACGUCCCUGAACGGCAGCCGGAUCCCCGUGGAGCAGGUGGCGCCUCGGAAAGGGGUCAUCAGGAAAAACUGCACCUACAUGAGCUCCUGGCAGAGCUACAAGUGCUUCGGCCUGAACUACCGGAUGGUGGCGAUCGAGAGCCUGGACUCGGACACGGAGACUCGCCGUCUGUCCCCGGUGGCCGUGCUGGGGGACGGCUUUGUGGAUCUGAUUAACGGCCCUCAGGAUCACGGUUGGUGUGCAGGAUACACCUGCCAGCGCCGAGUGUCUCUGUUCCACAGCAUCAUGGCCACCGGACACGCCUUCGACGUCUACUUCACCAGCGUCAGCCCGCAGAAGCUCCGCCUCCUGAUGCUCAACUCCGACCCGUCUGAGAGCGUCCUGGUGUCAGUCUUCUACUCCAACCCUCAGCGGCUGGACGUCUACGUGGAGGACCGGCUGGUCGCCCCGAGCAACGCCGUGUGGAACCACGACGGGUCCGACUACGUCCUGAGGGAGCCGGCGUACCGAGGUGAGUUCGUCCCUCAGAUGAACGCCUCCAUGGGAACCAAUUUCUUCGACCAGGAUUACAAGAUGCUGAAGGUUCUGCUGAGAGGUUCCGGUCCGCUGGAGAUCAGGACCGCCCCGGUUCUGGUUCUGGCCUUCAACAUGCCCGCCCUCACCGAGGACCAGUUCUUUGGAGACAGCCUGGUCCAGAACCUGGCUCUGUUCCUCAGAGUUCCCGCCAACAUGAUCCGCGUCUCCCGGGUGGUGAGGGAGAGCGGCGGCGCGCGGCGCAGGAAGAGAUCCACGGGCCUGACGGUGGAGGUGGAGAUCCGGAAACCUCCGGUCCAGCAGAGCGCCAACAGCACCGCGGGUGAGGAAGACUUUGAGCUGCUGAAGAACAUCGCAGACGAUCUGGGUCAGGCGGCGCUUUCCGGGAACCUCAGCCAGUCCAUCGGCUUCAACGUCUCCUCCGUGGGAAUCACCCGGCCGCCGCCCGCGUCUUCGGACCCCAGCUGGAGCCAGGUGGCAGCAGAGGACGUGUCCAGAGAUCAACCCAAGGCGAGCUACGUGUCGAGCGUGGCGCGGCUGCUGCUGAUCCAGGAUCCGGUGGCCGGAGAGGCGGUGGGUCCGCUGCUCCAGCAGCCGGUUCUGAUGGCCAUGGAUGACCAGGGUAACUGCGUCUCGGUGGGUGUGACCUCGCUCACCGUGACGGCCAGCCUGAAGAACACCAGCGGGAACCUGGUGGGAGGACUGGACGGUAACGUCACCAUCCGCUUCAGCAGCUGCUGGGCCAACUUCAGCGACCUCUCCAUCCUGACCAGUGGGGAGAACCUGACCAUGGUCUUCACUCUGAAGGACUGGAGCGCCCAGUCUCGAUCCUUCUCUGUGGCGGAUGUCCCCCCCUCUACCACCACCGAGGGCCCGCCCCGCCCCACCGAGGGCGGCAGCGUGUUCAGCUCCAGCUCGGCCGUGUCUGCAGGUGGACUGUGUCUGAUCAGCGUCAUCUACGAAGUGGCCUGCUGUUCCACUAGCCUCCCCCUCUGCUAGAGCGCCCCCUGCUGGUCAUCAACAUGUUUUCUGUGGGUUUCUUUGGGUUUCUCGUGUCACGUAGAUCAACUCCAUAAUGACGGGUUCUGAUCCAAUUUAGUCUCAGAAAUCUAAACUCCUGAAUCUGGAUCAAGUUUUCAGGUUUCUAAAAUUCUUUCAUGGUUUUUGUUUCUUAUUUUCUGGUUAAAAUGAAGAAACUGACAGCAAAUAUCAAAUCAAAGCUGCAAGAAAAUGAGGAGCAAACCUCUGUAUGCAAUCAGUGAUUCUGAAGGAAGAAAUGAAGUUUAAACUCUUUGAUUGUUUCAGCUUAAAUAAAGUCUUGAAUAAUUCUGG